AUGUAUGAUCUAUUUAAGUAUUUCAAGUUUCUAAGCACUCAAGAUUAUGAUUCUGAUACCCUUGAAAAUUCAACAUAUAAUUUAUCUUAUUUCUAUCUCUACCAGCAAAAACACACACUUCAUCAAAAUUUCAGAAAGGCAUUAGGUGCAAGGUUAAGGAAGCUUGAUCAUCAGUGGAAGCUUGAAAAGGAGCAAGAUUCCCUCUGUUGCUGUAAUAAGAUGGAUGCCACUACCCCGAAGUAUUCCAAGGCUAGGUAUGAUGAAAUUUUGAAGGAAGUCUCUUCCUACCUGAAGAAGGUUGGUUACAACCCAGACAAGAUUCCCUUUGUUACCAUCUCUGGUUUCGAGGGCGAUAACAUGAUUAAGAGGUCCACCAACCUUGACUGGUACAAGGGUCCAACUCUUCUUGAGGCUCUUGACCAGAUCAACAAGCCAAAGAGACCCACAGACAAGCCUCUAAGGCUUCCAUUGCAGGAUGUCUACAAGAUUGGUGGUAUUGGUACUGUGCCUGUUGGACGUGUUGAGACCGGUGUCUUGAAACCUGGUGUGUUGGUGUCUUUUGGCCCCAAUGGACUGACAACUGAAGUUAAGUCCAUGGAGAUGCACCAUGAGGCUUUGCAAGAGGCCCUUCCAGGUGACAAUGUGGGAUUCCAUGUGAAGAAUGUUGCGGUCAAGGACCUCAAGCGUGGUUUCGUCGCCUCCAACUCUAAGGAUGACCCUGCCAAAGAAGCUGCUAACUUCACAUCCCAAGUCAUCAUCAUGAACCAUCCCGGCCAGAUUGGAAACGGAUAUGCACCAGUGCUCGACCUCGACUGCCACACAUCUCACAUUGCUGUGAAGUUUUCUGAGAUCCUGACCAAGAUUGACAGACGAUCUGGUUUUGUUAAGAUGAUUCCUACCAAGCCCAUGGUGGUUGAAACUUUCUCUGAGUAUCCUCUCCUUGGUCGUUUUGCUGUGAGGGACAUGCGACAAACGGUGGUUACGGGAGUCAUCAAGAGUGUGGAGAAGAAGGAACCCUCUGGAGCCAAGGUAACCAAGGCUGCACUGAAGAAAAAGUGAUUGCAUUGUAGCAUCAUUUUUGUUUGUUUAUGUGAAUCAUAAUCAUCAUGUUUCCAGAAAACUGUUGUAUCUCUACUGUAGUUUUUCUGUUGAGAGUCCUAGGUUUUUGUUUUUCAUUCCAGUUUGUUUAUUACUGUUUUUUAACUUUUAAGAAGAGACUGAACUGAGAA